GGCCUGCUGUGUUCCACCAGCAUUGUGUGUGUGUUGUGUGAUUCCCCGAGUCUGCAGCGCGCGUAGUGGACAAUCGCGGUACUGCAGGGGAUCAGCAACUCCCCGAAAGUGAAAGCAUUCUGAAUCAGGAAGUGCUGGAGUUAACAUGGCUUCGAAAGGAGAGACCGACAGUUUGAGCGAGGAGGUAAUUUGUCCCGUCUGUCUGGAUUUCUUCACCGAUCCGGUGUCACUGGAGUGCGGACACAACUUCUGUCGCUCUUGUAUCACACGGUGUUGGGAAAGGGAGGAGAGAAACUCCUGCCCGGAAUGUAGAGAGGAGUUUGCUGACCGCACCCUCAGGGCCAGUCGGGCCUUAGCAAAUCUGGCUGAAAAAUUUCGAAAUCUAAACCUGAAUCCGAAAGGGAAGGAAAGUAAACGUCACUGCGAGGAACAUGAGGAAGAAUUGAAGCUGUUUUGCGAAACGGACAAGACACUGAUCUGUAUGAUCUGUGCAGUGGCGGAGGAACACAGAGAGCACCGCUUCAGGCCGAUUAAAGAAGCUGUUAAAAACUAUAUGGAUCAGCUAAAAUCUUCCUUAGACUCUCUCACAAAAAAGAAAUCAGACUUCAAGGAAAAGGAGCAGCAACAGAAAGAGAAGAUUUCCGGAGUUCAGGAACAGUCACACAGCCUUCAGUCCCACGUCACAUCCCAGUUUGCUGAACUGCGCCAGAUUAUCACUGAGAAAGAGCAGAGCUUACUCAGGGAUCUCAGGGAAGAAGAGAAGAGGAUUCUCAACCAAAUGGAGAAAAAUCUUCGGGAGAUUCAGGAGAAUAUAAGGAGUAUUCAGGAGGAAAUCACUAAGUUAAAGGAACAGAUGGAUCAGAAAGAUGGUGUGAUAUUUCUCAAGGAGGAAGCUCGUCGGAACAGAAGGAUUAAUGACGAUGUCCAGGAAUUGUCAGUGACAGAUGAGACCCUACCGGUUGAAAAAUUCGAUCACCUCUAUUUGUUGAACACAGUGCUGAGAGAAAUGCUUGAUGCUAUUAAUCGAGUCUCUGUCACCCUGGAUGAGGAAACGGCGAAUCUGCUGCUCGAGGUGUCUGAGGAUCGGAAGAGUGUGAGAUGGACCCGGACCUGGAGGGAUCUCCCUGACACCGGGAAGAGAUUCACAGACUGGCCUUGUGUGCUGGGAUCGGAGGGAUUCACAUCGGGGAAACAUUACUGGGAGAAUUAUGGCCUUUUAUGAACAUUUAUGCACCAAAUGAAAAUGAUGCAAAAUUCAUACAAGAAGAUUUUUUGAACUUGGCUGACGCAAAUGAUAAUAGGCGGAGAUUUUAAUUUUUGUUUAGAUCCAGUUUUGGAUAGGUCAAAUAAAGUUGUUACAAAAUUAAAAGUAAUAAAACUAACUUUAUCAUUAAUGAAAGAUUUAAACCUGAUUGAUAUAUGGAGAAAAAUUAAUCCAAGAGAAAGAGAUUAUUCAUUUUAUUCAAAUAGACAUAAAGCUUAGAUGGAGAUUUAAUACAAUUUUAUUAAAACGUCAAGAUUUUUGUGAUUUUAUGAAAAAACAGAUUCAAUUUUUUUUGGAUACAAAUUUACAUUCAGUUGAGGAUAAAAUUGUAUUAUAGGAAGCGAUGAAAGCAUAUUUAAGGGGUCAGAUUAUAAGUUAUACAUCUAAAAUUAAGAAGGAAAAUUGGGAAAAGAUAUCAUAAAGUUAGAAAAAGAAUCUCAAAGAUAUAUGACAGAAGAAAAACAAAGACAACUUGUUAAUAAAAAACUACAAUAUAAUACACUCCAGACAUAUCGUACAGAAAAAGUAAUUAUGAGAAAUAAACAGAAAUAUUACGAAUUAGGUGAAAGAUCACAUAAAAUUCUUGCUUGGCAGUUGAAAACAGAACAGGCUUUAAAAACAAUAAAUGCAAUUAGAACAAGUGUAAAUAAGGUUGCUGAUAAACCUUUAGAAAUUAAUGAAACUUUAUUUUUUUUAUACUGAACUAUAUCAAUCAGAAUCACAAAAUAAGAUUACUGAGAUGGAUAAAUUUUUAUCACAAAUAACCCUUCCAAAAUUUAAUUUGGAAGAACAGAAAGGAUUAGAUAUGCCCUUUACAUUAAAAGGAGGUUGAAGAAGCUUUCGGAUCACUUCAGAGUAACAAAUCCCCAGAAGAAGAUGGUUUUCCUCCAGAAUUUUAUAAAAAAAUUUAAAGAUAUAUUAAUUCCUCCCUUUAUGGAAUUAAUAUACCAAGUGGAAAGAAUGCAUAAACUCCCACAAUCUUUUUUAACAGCGAUCAUAACUGUAUUGCCAAAAAAAGAGAUCCUCUAAAACCAACAUCAUAUAGGCCUAUUUCUUUGUUGAAUACAGAUUAUAAGAUAAUAGCAAAAAUUGUAUCUAAUAGAAUAUCUAAAUAUUUACCAAAAUUAAUACAUAUGGAUCAAACAGAUUUUGUUAAAAACAGACAAUCAAUGGAUAAUCUAACCUGGUUACUUAGUAUAAUUCAUCUGGCACAAAAAAAGAGAGGAAAUGAGUGUGGCAUUUGCUUUGGAUGCAGAAAAAGCAUUUGAUAGAUUGGAAUGGGAUUUUUUGUUUCAGGUAUUGGAAAAAUAUGAGCUAGGAAAAUCUUUUAUACAAUGGAUUAAAACCUUAAAUACUAAUCCUCAAGCUAAAGUAGUUACAAAUGCUCAGAUUUCAACACCAUUUUGCUUAACGAGGUCAACUGGACAAGGCUGCCCGUUAUCACCUGCUUUAUUUGUAUUGGCAAAAGAACCAUUAGCUGAAUUAAUUAGAACAGAUGCAGAUAUUGGCAGUUUUAGAGUUAAUCAAGAAGAAUAUAAGAUUAAUUUAUUUGCUGAUGAUGUUUUGAUUUAUUUAACAAACCCAUUACAAUCUUUGCAAAGAUUAUCUUUUAAAUUGGAAGAAUACGGGAAAGUAUCAGGGUAUAAAUUAAAUUGGGAUAAAAGUGAAAUUUUACCCCUUACAAAAGGAAAUUAUAAUCAAUGUCGAUUAGUAACUCAAUUUCGAUGGUCAAUAAUUGGGAUAAAAUAUUCAGGUAUCAGAGUUGACAAUGAUGUAAAAAAUUUAUAUAAACAAAAUUAUUUGCCAUUAUUAAAAAAAAAUAAGAGGAUCUUGAUAAAUGGUUGAUGUUACCAAUAACAUUAAUAGGUAGAGUUAAUGCUGUAAAAAUGAAUAUAUUCCAUAGAUUGCAAUAUAUAUUCCAAACUUUUUUCAAGAACUAAAUAAAUAUGUAAGGAAAUUUCUUUGGAAAGGAAAGAUGUCAAGAAUAUCAUUGGAAAAAUUGAGAUGUAAAUUUGAUUUAGGAGGGUUACAACUUCCAAAUUUUAAGAAUUAUGAUAAAGCAAAUCAACUUAGAUUUAUUGCAUCUUUUUUUGAUGAAAAAAAAACCGGCAUGGAUUAGAAUAAAAUUAGAUAAGAUAUGAGAAAACAUACCAGAAGAUUUUACAUAUAAAUGGGAAUCCAAAUUGAUAUGGGAAAAAAAAGAAUCUCCUAUAUUAAGACACUUGAAUGAUUUAUGGAAUAAGGUAAAUAUGGACGAUAAGAUAAUCUUUAUUAGCAAAAAUAAACUUUAAUUCAAAAUAGGCUUAUUCCUUUUACAAUGGAUAAUAAACUUUUACAUAAUUGGUUCCAAAAGGGGAUUAAAUAUAUACGUAAUUGUUUUGAAGGAGGUAUAUUGAUGUCGUUUGAUCAAUGAAAAAAUAAAUAUAAAAUAUCAAACAACACUCUUUUCUCUUAUUUUCAAUUAAAGGACAAUUACGAGAAAAGCUGGGUCAAACAAUGUUGAUGCCAAAACUUAGUGAAAUAGAAAUAUUAAUUCAAAAAGGAAAAAUUUAAAAAAUUACAUCUUGUAUGUACAAUUUGAUUCAAAAACAGACUGAAUCUGGAAUUCAUUAAUCAAGACAAAAAUGGGAAACUGAUUUGAAUGUUAAAAUUGUUGGAAAAAGUUGGUCAAGAUUAUGUUCUGAUAGUAUGAUAAAUACAAUAAAUGUUCAAAUUAGAUUAAUACAAUAUAAUUUUUACAUCAAUUAUAUAUAACACCAUAGAAAAUAAAUAGAUUAAAUUCAAAUAUGUCUGACCAAUGCUUUCGAUGUAAUCAAGAAAUUGGUACUUUUUUACAUUCUACUUGGUCUUGUUUUAAAAUUCAACCAUUUUCGAUAUAUCUGACUUUUAUUGGAACAAAGUACUGGAGUUCAACUCCCAAAUAGUCCAAUAUUAUUUUUAUUAGGAGAUAUUGAAGGGACAAUACCGAAAAUUAAAUUGAAUAUGUAUCAGAAAAAAAUUAUAAAUAUUGAUUGGCAGUAGCUAAAAAAGUUCUCAGAAUUACUUGGAAAUCUGAGUUAUAUUUAACUAUGGAUCAUUGGAAUAAUGAAAUAUAUAGUUGUAUUCCACUUGAAAAAAUUACAUAUAAUCUAAGAAAUGAAUAUGAUAUAUUUUUCAAAAUUUGGCUCCCAUACCUACAAAAGAUAGGAUUAAAUAUAUAGGUCCUUUGAAGAUAAAAUUAUAAUGUAAUUGGGGAAAGUAAGAAUAAAUAUUAAAAUUAUUUUGAACUCCAUGGAGCAUGCGGGUAUCCUCCAAUAUCGAGGCAAUCUUUUUGUUCUU